CUGUAGUCACCGUAUAUGCAACCCGCGAAGAAUAAUCGAUGUUCUCUUCGUUCACUCUCAUUCACUCUUCGAGACCAAACUACCUACGCGUUCUCGCAGGGAUUCAACAUGGCACAGAGGCCGGGUCUCUGUGAUUUUAUUACGUGUAGCAUGGUAACCGACCUCCACUCCGAGCGACCGAGCCCUACAGGUCGUAGUAUUAUAAGUAUAGCUAUGGUCACCGCGCGCGCUAUGGGCGACUAGUACUGUCACUGUCACUGGCGUUGCAACAGUACACGGUAGUACUUGACUACAACGUCCUCCCUUGCCCGCCAUUUUGAGUGCCUAGCUCUGAAUAUAGUAGCAACGCAGCUCUACAAUCCACUGUCAUGUACGUUGCGUGAUUGUUGCCGCUAUAGUAGCCGCUCUAACCUCCUAUGUCUUCAGCUACUAGUGGCCUUUCUGUCGCCGGACAUCACUCGCCACAGCGCGCCAGUGACUACGAGAUGGCUCCAAGCUUCUUGCAACUAGACCUCGAUGUCAUCGCGGCCAUCCUGGAGCAGGUUGAGCAUUCCGAUGCCCUGCAUCUGGCAGAGACGUGUCGUGCAGCACAAAAGGUUGCCACCCCUCGUUUCCUGUCCGAGGUCAACAUAGGGCCGGACUGGCAGAAGGAUGGCCGGAACCGAGUGGAGAACUUCAGCAAAUACAUGCUCCAGCGACCGGCCGAGCGCAUACCUCACCUCAAAACCCUCAUCAUCAGCAGCGAAACGUUCAUCAUCGGGGAAUCCGACCCCGAGACCGGUGAGAUGUACGUGGACUUCAACUUCACGUCAGCGGUGUCUCUGGCCGCGGUCGUCCGACGCGCUUCCCGGCUGCGAAAGCUCUCCAUAGGCUGCUCGGAGUUCCUCUUCGAAGGCGUCCCAGAGCUCGCCGUCGCCGUCGCGAGUAUCUCGAACAUCCAGGAAAUGAUCGUCACUCAGAUGGGUAUCAGAGUCGCGCGUGUGCUUUCGAGGAUGAGGAGCCGGCCGCGGAGCGUCGAGUGCUCCAUUCUCGAGAUGCGCGACGAGCAGGAGGCCCAGCGGUACCUCGCCUUCCGGCCGGGACACGAUCGCUUCCUAGACAGCCUCACGGAGUGCAUGGAAAUGCUCAAGCUCGAGAAUAUCGGAGACGUAAUGGUCGAUCUCGAGUUCGAGACCGUCUGGCCCCGCGUCCACGCGCUCAGUGUUACGGACACCCUCAUCGUCGACCUCAACCUCUACGCCAAGGCAUUCCCUAAUCUGCGCCGCCUAUACAUCAAUGCGGUCUCCGUCAACAAGUCCGUGGACGCCCGCGACGUCUGGACCCACUUGGACUUCCUCGCCCUGCAUUGGCCUCGAUGCCCUGUCUUCCGCCGUAUUCGGUGGCUCCGCUUCAACUUCACCCUUCUCCUCGGGGGCCAUUCGAGGAACGCCAUGCGUUAUGCUGAGUCUGAUCACCUCCUGCGUGUCACGCGUCCGUCUGUCCUCGACGCGCUGGGUACGCCAGCGUUGUUCAAGUGUGUUGCAGGCACAGCGCCUUCGGUCAAAUUCCUCCGUGUUUGUGUGACCGCUACAUCAGUAGGGAGCGCUUCGGGGCAAAUCGAGUCUCUCGAUAGUUGGAUCGAGAAUGUCACCGCGCACCUGAAGCAGAUACAGUCGCUGAGAGGCCUUGCAAUCGUCUCUCAGCGUCGUACCCUCGAGCGGCGCGAUGAGUACGCGCGAGGGAUCCUCGCUGCGCACCCAAGUCUUGAGUAUGUCGGUUUCGCAGCGUGGGACCAGGUCGAGGCUCCACUGUCGUGGGCCGAUCAAGCAGUGCUCUUUACGUGGUAUCAUGCCUCUGCACGCCCCGAGAACGCGCCACCCGUUGUAGAGAUGCUUCGAGUGGGAGCUGGGAACGCUGCCUAUCAGAGCUUGCUUGAUACUCCCCUAUCACAGUGAUGGACACUGGACGGUAGCGCUUCUGGUUAAGGCACCAAAACUCCUUGGGGAGCUUCGGCCUACAUACUGAUGCCAUUCCUUCCCUAGCACGCGAAUGAACAUGUAGAAUAGUGUAUCUCAUAGCGACACAUCUUGACAUCCUGUAGAUUUUGUAUCAUAUGGUGGAAUCACGCAUGCUUUAUCUCAACAGUUGAGAA